AUGUGCACAACGGAUCUUUUUCGGAGAUUAGUCAGGCCCGACCUCGAACUGAUGGACAUGGACUCCCAGUCAAGAUCGUUGUACCAUUCUGACGUCCCAAUCGAGGUCUGGAAAUCGCAUGAGUCGCAGCGUACGUUUGCCCCCAAAGGCCCCCCAGUGAAAAUCUGGGACAACGGGGCAGUACGUUGGAUAUCUGUAGACGUUGAAAAAGCCAUGAGCCGAGCUAUCGUGUGCUUUGCACAUGUUUUCAUGUGCUUUGCGCAUGAGAGUCGACAGGUCUGUCAGUGCGAAGCAGAUGGCCAGAAGUUAAAGGAUUUGAUGUGUCAGAAUGCCACGCCCACGCAUCUGUUGUGA